UGGGUGACAGCUGCUAGCCAAAGAAGCAUACUAAAGGAAGGGGCGCAGGCCUAGCGUUAGACACAUUAUUUUAUUACAGUAGUUUUUAAGGGGGCAUCGAAACUUUUUGUGACGCCGUUUUGGAAUGUUUUGUAACUGAAGUCAGCCGGGGUUGUCUCAUGAUUUUACUGAAAACUGUCAAAAAGUAGAGGGAAGAGGUUGAUUUGAUGUGCGUGGCAUCAAGACAAGAGGCACCAUGAGUGCGGAGCUGGAUGCGCUGACUGUGGUGAACCAGCUGCGAGAUCUUGCAGCUGACCCCCUGAACCGAAGAGCCAUAGUAGAAGACCAAGGCUGUCUGCCAGGUCUCAUCCUUUUUUUGGACCACCCCAAUCCACAGGUCGUCUACUCUGCACUACUGGGCGUGCGCUACCUGGCAGAAUGUCGAGCCAACAGGGAGAAGAUGAAGGGCGAGCUGGGCAUGAUGCUGAGUUUGCAGAACGUCAUGCAGAAGAGUACGUCACCUGGAGAGACCAAACUGCUGGCCUCUGAGAUCUAUGAGAUUUUGCAGUUAGCCGGUAUAGAAGAGGCCGAACAGGCCGAGGCAGCCGCUGCCUCCUGCCAGCGUAAAGCCCAGUUCUUCCUGGGCUCCAACAACAAGAGGGCCAAAACGGUGGUGCUGCACAUUGAUGGCCUGGAUGACUCUGCUCGACGGAGCCUCUGUGAAGAGGCGUUGCUGAAGCUUCGAGGGGUCAUCAGCUUCACCUUCCAGAUGGCUGUCAAGAGAUGUGUUGUCAGGAUCCGCUCUGACCUUAAAGCUGAGGCGUUGGGCACAGCAAUCAACUCCACCAAAGUAAUGAUGGCUCAGCAGGUGGUGAAGACACGGGGCGGAGGAGAGCUGAUCUUGCCAUUCCAGGAGGACUCGGAGGUGCUGGUAGAGGAGAACACAAACAUCCCAGACUAUCUACCGGAGGAGGAGAGUCCAUCCCACGAGCCUGACAAAGCUGUCACACGCGUCGGCUCCAUCACAGACGGCAUGGGCUGGGUCAACACGGCCGCCAACUUCCUGACACGCUCCUUUUACUGGUGACCACUUCCUGUGUUUCUCUCUCUGCCCCCCAUUUGUCAUCCAGCUAAAGCCUGAGCGUCUCUCGGCCUUGUCCCGGACUAAGCCCUGCCUCACGGCCAUCCUCUCGUCUAAUAUUCCCUCUGCUAAGCACACGGAACCCGGCCGGACUGCCAAGUGGAACCUGCAAUAACAUUAACGUGUGUACAUAUUAAGAUACCAAUCCCACGACCGGCUGUAGCUGCACAACGAUACACUAGCGGCUGAUCUGUUUCUCACAAGACUUAGCCAGAGGACUUCAAAUCAGCCGAAACCAAAUAGCAUACUGGAAAUGUGUAUCGCUGCGUCGGCAGAGUGGACAUGUGGCAGGCGUGUUUAAAUGUUCCAAGGCUGAUUUUGAUUAUGUUGAAAAUUGGGAGUUCCCUUUUGUGCAUGGUUUUGUGGUUUCUCAAUUGUUGUCUCCUCUGAUCGACAUUUGUUUUAAUAUUUUUCCUAAUUAGGCUGAUUUGUUUCCUUCCUUCCCGUCACUUUUAUUAGCAUACUGAGUCUUUUGUGCCAAUCUUUCCUGAUUGCCUCGAUCUGUGACUUUUGUGUGUGCCUUUUUUGACGUUUUACUUUCAACAUAUUAAUUAUGUUAUUUUUUCAUACGUCAUUCAAAAAUACCUUCCAAGCAUUUCAUGUUUGUGCGUCCGAGGUGGCCCUAGCAGCAGCCAGCCUCCCCAGCUUUUAGCCUCAUGAAGGACAUCUCUUCAGUAGUUAUGGUCAGCGAGACCCCAGCGAGAGGCCGCCGCCCAUUCAACCACAGCUCACAUACAUUUGUUUGUAGCCCACUGCACAACUAAUUAAAAAUACCACCCCCCGCUGUGUUUAGCUGGACUCUCUGGACUGAUACUAUAAAGCAGUGGUGGUGAGUUGUAUGACAGCUCCUCGUGUUGAUUACACAGACUUCAGGCUACCUCUGCUUUCAGCCCUCUAGCUCACAUCAGCAUUAUCGCCUUCUGUAGUUUUAGUAAAUCCUUUGCUCAGCAUGUAAAACCUGUUCACUGCCUGCUUGUCAAACACUUUCCUGUGUUACCUGGACUCCCACUGACAUUUUUUUACAGUAUUGUUACCCCACCUGUCUAGUUAACAUUUCAGUUUAGCCAGCAGUGUCCUUAACGCACAGAUCAAGUUGGUGCACGCUCCCACACACACACACACACACAUGCAGUGGACUCCCUGAUGGUGAUGGUGGUAUCCUGGCACAAGGGCGUUGCUAUGUACAUUUUGUAAAUGGUGCCUGGUUCCCUAAAAUCUCAAACCAUGUGAAGGAAAAUGUUGUUCUCUUUUUGUAAGACUGAUUUUCAUUUUACGUUACAAAAUAGGACUUUACAGCUAACACUGAGUGAGUUUGCUCCUUUUGUUUAGCCCUUACAGCCCCAUGACUCCCACCAGGUUUUUAUUAUUAUCUCCUCUGACUAAUUAUUAUAUACAAUGCUGACUUUUAUUGUUUCAAUGGUGCGGAGACGUCACAGUUGGUUGAGGUUAAAGCGGAUGGUGGACUGGCACAGAAUGACCUGAAUAAUCUCAAUUGAUGGCGGUUCUCCUCUGCAACAGCAAUAACAUUUGUUUGCAUUAAAUGUAGUUGUUAUAGAUCAGCAUUGGCCUCCAAAAUAAUGUUUUGGAAUAAAAGGUAUUCGGUAAAAGUUAGAAUUAUCAUCAGUAUUAAAAUCUCUUUUUUUGCACAGAAGGAAUCUCUUAAAUUGCAUCCGGUAAUUAGAUUUUUAAAAAUUAUUUUAUGUCCCCUCAUACGGCAAAGAAAUACUUGAACGUUGUUUCUUAUAACUGCUCCUAUCAAAAUGUAGAUUACCCAUAACUGCUAGAUUUACCACAUCUGUGAGGAUGACGACAAACAAACAAAUGUAAGUCCUCAAAUGUAACUUCAUGUGUACAGACUUCAUGUGUCUGUCAUCAAAUGUUAAAUAAUGUAAAGCAGAUCUUAAACAUGUAGAUUCCCAUAGAAUGUUAAUGCAAACCAUGAUAAACUUCAAAUCAACAUUU